GGGAACAAAAAAAGGACGGACGGAGCCACAGAAAAGUGUCGGUCCUUUCGAAGUGUUUUUAUUUUUCCACGUUUUACCAACUGCAUGACAAUACUUCAUAUUUAACCCACGGAAAAACGAUAACUGUGGACAUUAAAGGAGCGAAAAUAGGAAGAAGCGUCAAACGCAGGAACCAGUGCGGCUCUCCCACAGCUGGACCACAGCUGUUCCCACAGUGACGCGGAAGUUACCUGUUUGCUGCUCAGCAGUUUCAGACAUUUGUACCUGAAAACUGUCAGUAGACUAGAGAUGCCUCGAAGAAAGAGCCAUCGACUGGGUGACCUCAAAGGGCUGCUGCCCCCGAUAUCUGCACCAACCAAAUCAGACACGGCACCAACACAAGUUAGGACAGGUCUCGAUGUCCAGCAGAUGCUGUUACUUAAAGAAGAGAGCUCAAGUCAUGAUCAGCAGGAUUUGGUCCUCCACAUAAAGGAGGAAGAGGAGGAACCCUUGACCAGUCAGGAGGGAGAGCAGCUUCAUGGUAUACAGGGGGCUGAUAUCACCAGUUUCCCCAUCACUGCUGUUUGUGUAAAGAAUGAAGAUGAUGAAGAGAAACCUCACCUCCUACAUUUUCUUCAAACACCAGCUGAAGACAACAGAGAAGCCGAGCCUUCAACCAGCAGCUCAGCCAAACAGAUUAAAGCAGAAGGCGAUGGAAAGGACUACAAAGAGCCAGAACCAGCCACAAACCCGAAUCCAAAUAAUCAUUUACAACCCAAUAUUAAUGUAAAACGUUCAGACUUGUAUGGAGCUGAUGAUUGGCAGGAACCCUUGACAGAACCUGAACCUGAAAGUGAAGAUAGUGAAAAGUCAGGUGCAAAUAGUGAUGCCAAAAAGCCCUUUAUCUGUUUCGAGUGUGGUAAGCAGUUUCUCCAUGACUGGUCACUUCAGAGACACAUCAGACUUAAGUCAGGGAAUAGAGGUUCAAACUGUGAUGUCGGUGAUAAAAGCUCUGGAGUGAACCAAAAUGCAGAUUCACAGGGGACAGUUCAAACAGAAGAGAAACCAUUUGGCUGUGAUGUUUGUGGACAAAGGUUUCAGCUGAAUGUGAAUCUUAAGGUGCACAUGAAAGUUCACACUGGAGAGAAACCAUUUAGUUGCAAUAUCUGUGAAAGAAAAUUUAGACAUCAGUGUAACCUUAAGACACAUGUGAGAAUUCACACCGGAGAGAAACCAUUUGGCUGUCGCCUGUGUGAUAAAAGGUUUACACAGAAUGUACAUUUAAAGAUGCACAUGAGAAGCCACACGGGAGAGAAGCCAUUUUUUUGUGACGUCUGUAGUAAAAGCUUUUCACGACUGAGGAUUCUGAAAUCGCACAUGAGAGUACACACAGGAGAGAAACCAUUCGACUGUGAUGUUUGUCAUAAAAGAUUUUCACAACUUGGUGAUCUAAAGAGACACAAACACAUCCACACGGGAGAGAAACCGUUCAGCUGUAGUGUUUGUGGUAAAAGAUUUGCACAGAGGAUGCAUUUCAAGACUCACAUGAGAAUCCACACAGGAGAGAGACCUUUCGGUUGUGAUGUUUGUGGCAAGAGCUUUAACUGUAAGAGAAAUCUGAAGACACACAUCAGAGUCCACACGGGAGAAAAGCCAUUUGGUUGUAAUGUUUGUAAUAAAAGAUUUUCACAGCCAGGAAUUUUAAAGAGACACAUGAACAUCCACACAGAAGUUAGGAAAUUUGUACCCGGUAAAUCAAGAGGAGUCUAUUUGAGGUUGCUCAAAUCUAAGCCAGCCACAUCAGAAACGGAGCAGCUAGCUAUCAGAAACAGACAAGCUAUCCAGGUUGAUGAAGGUGUUUCCUCAAACCCCAGUCUGGAGCAGAAGGACCCAGACCUCCUUCACAUAAAGGAGAAACAAGCGAAACUCAUCACCAGUCAAGAAGGAGAGCAGCUUAAUGGUCUGAAGGAGGCCACCCUCUCACAGCUUCAUCAAAGACUGACCAAGGACCACUGCGAGGCAGAUGUUCCAUUCUUUAGCUGCUCUGAAUGUGAUAAACAAUACCUCUACAAGCGAUCUCUUCAGAGGCACAAGAAAAGUCAUUCAGCAGAAAACUUUGCCAGCUGUUUGGUUAAUAAGAAAGCUUCCAGAUUGGAGGAAAAUGUAGUUGACACAAGCAAGAAAAUAUUUGGAUGUGAUAUUUGCAAACAGAGAUUUCAUCAAAAAUCCCAUCUUAAGAUUCACAUGAGAAUUCACACAGGAGAGAAACCCUUUAGUUGUGAUAUUUGUGGAAACAUAUUUAGACAUCAGUACAGUCUCGACAGACACAUAAGAGUCCACACAGGAGAGAAACCCUUUGCUUGUGAUGUUUGCAGUAAAGGUUUUUCACAUCUGUGGGAUCUGAAAAGACACAAAAGUGUUCACACAAAGAGCCCUCCGCCCAAGGAACCCAAAGAUCUUGAUAAGGUGGCCCCUAUUUCUCCAUCAGCUAUAUCAGAAUUAGUGCAGACACAAGUCAAGAAGGAUGUAGAUGUCCAGCAGAUGUUGCCAGUUAAAGAAGAGCUUCCUUGGACUCCAAGUUUGGACCAGCAGGACCCAGACCCACUCCACAUAAAAGAGGAAGAGGUGGGAGAGAAGCGUAACAGUCUGGAUGAGGCUGAUAUCAUCAAGUUUCCAUUCACUGGUGGAGAUGAUCAAGAGAAACCAGAGUUCACGCAGCUUCAUCAAAGCACAGGACAAACAGAGUCUCCAACCAGCUUCUCAGCUAAGGAGAUUAAAGCAGAAAGAGAUGAAGAGGAUGGGGGAGGACCAGAACCAGGCUCCUACCUAGAACCAAAUGCUAAUUUACAAGGAAAUGCUACUGGAAAGGCUUUAGACUUUCACGAGACAGAAGUUAAAGCCGAUGUUAAAUGUCAUGCACCUUUUUCAAAUUUUGAAUCUGAAACUGAAGAUGGUGAAAGGGGUUGGAAGGAGAGUGGGCCAUGUCAAUCAGAGGUAAAUAGUGAUGUGGGAUGUAAGGCCGCUGAAAAAUCCUUUAGCUGCUCUGAGUGUGGUGACCAGUUUUUCUGCAAUGUCUCUUCAGCAGCACAGACAAUGUCAAUCAGAAAAAGGGAAUUCUAGCUGUUUGGUCAAUAAGAAAUGCCUUAAAGUGAAGCAAAAUGCAGAAGAGAAACUGUUUUGUUGUGAUAUUUGUGGACAAACAUUCACCAAAAAUGCAAAUCUUAAGGUCCACAUUAGAGUCCACACAGGAGAGAAACCAUUUAGUUGUAACAUCUGUGAAAAAACAUUUGGGUAUCAUUGUAGUCUUAAGACACACAUGAGAGUUCACACAGGAGAGAAACCAUUUGGUUGUAGUUUGUGUGAUAAAAAAUUCUCACAGAGGAUACAUUUAAAGACGCACAUGAGUGUCCACACUGGCACAAGACCGUUUGUUUGUGAUGUUUGUAGCAACGGAUUUUCACAGCUCAGGAUUCCAAAGUCACAUAUGAGUAUCCACACAGGAGAAAGGCCGUUUUGCUGUGAAGUUUGUCCUAAAAGAUUUUCAAAAAUAGGGGAUCUAAGGAGACACAUGAUUGUUCACACUGGAGAAACCAUUCAAACGUGCUGAUUGUGACAAAUAAUUCACACAGAGGACACAUUUCAAGAUGCACAUGAGCGUCCACACAGGAGAGAGACCAUUUUGUUGUGAUACUUGUGGCAAAAGAUUUAUUUGUAACAGAAAUCUUAAGCUACACAUGACCAUCCACACGGGAGAAAAAACAUUUGUUUGUGAAAUUUGUGGUAAAAGACUUAAGUGUGACAGAAGCCUUAAGAUACACAUGAGUGUUCACACGGGAGAGAAACCAUUUGGUUGUGCUGUUUGUAGUAAAAGCUUUUCUCAGUCAGGGAUUUUGAAGAGGCACAUGAGAAUCCACACAGGAGUGACACCGUUCACUUGUGACAUCUGUGGUAAAAGGUUUAAUUGUAAGGGGAAUCUUAAGUCACACAAGCGUGUUCAUUCUGGAGAGAGGCCAUUUGUUUGUGAUGUUUGUGGCAAAAGAUUGAAGUCUAACAGAAAUCUUAGGAACCACUUAAGAAUUCACACAGGAGAGAGACCAUUUGGUUGUGACAUUUGUGUCAUCAGAUUUAAUGAAGAGGGAAGCUUGAAGAGGCACAUGAGACGCUGUCAUGUAAUCGUGGGGAAAUAUUUAUGAAAUUUCAUAGUAUCAGUUUCAAAAGAAGAUUUGAAUGUUUAGAAAAUAUGCAGAUUAUCUAAGCUGUGCAAUUUUGGCUUUAGUUAAGCUAGGAUCAAUUAAAUAAAGUCUGCAGUAAGAGUAUGGAGAUGUCGCUUUCAUGAUGUUCUGCUAGAAAGUCUGUGCAUCAGGUGGAGUGGCAUGAAAAGUGAGGGAGUCAAAGCAGGGAGGAAUUCAUUGUGGGUCACUCACAGCCUUUUGUCCCAGGAGACUGGGUUCUUUGUGAAACCAAAAACCAACAUUUUUUAACUUAAUUAACAUAUCACUUUCUUUUAAAAGUCUAUUUCAAAUCUAAGUUUUGAUGUCUUUUGAUAACACAACCAUUUGGUUAGUUUUAGGCAACAAAACCAGGCUAGGUCGGGAUUAAAAUCGACCCAUUCACAUAACUCUCUGGUAGAAAACUGAAGGAAGCUGUCACUCAUAUGCAUUCUGACCGCAUGGCUCCAGUGAUUGUAUUGAUGAGAACAAAUUAGUCUCCUGAUGCUUAGUUUGUUAUAUCAUCCAAAGGUUUGCUUUUUGGUGGAUGCUGCAUGGUCACUCGGUAAACUGUUCUGGAACAUAAUCUAACAACCAAGACUGUCUGACCAGCACAGUUCUAUAAACUCCGUUUUGUUUCUAGAAACAUUCACCCAUGCACCAUUUUACAUAACAGUGGCAUUUCCUGCUAAUGGCAACAUCAUCUUUGUGAAUUUUAAAAUAAUAUUAAAGUGUAACAGUGGAUAGACCUGUUGUCUCACAGCAAAAAGCUUCUGUGUUCAAAUCUAGGGAUAAGAUAGGAACUUUUUGUUCUAUCUGGGCCUGGAGGAGCUCUGUCCAAGUGCCCCCCAUCAUGGUCCUACAGCAGGGGUGGGGAACUCCAGGCCUCAAGGGCCUGUGUUCUGCAGUUUUUAGAUGUGUCCUUUAUCCAACACAGCUCAUUUAAAUGGCUAAAUUUCCUCCUCAACAUGUCUUGAAGUUCUCUAGAGGCCUGAUAAUGAAACAAUCAUUUGAUUCAGGUGUGUUGACCCAGGGUGAGAUCUAAAACCUGCAGGACACCAGGCCUUGAGGCCCGGAGUUCCCCCACCCCUGUCCUACAGUAACCGGUAACCCUCCUUUGGGUGGCGCUGUCACUUGGUGGUCUCUCUCUCUGCGGUAAAGAAUCACUUCCUGUUCCUGUUCCAACACACAGUGGUGUUUUUGUGUAGACUUGCGUCUACAAAGAGAGGGCAUAUUUCUCCUAUAUUGGCAUCCCUUCAUUGGCUCCCUGUUAAAUCCAGAAUUGAAUUCAAAAUUCUGCUCCUCACAUACAAGGUCUUAAAUAAUCAGGCCCUGUUUUAUCUUAAUGACCUUAUA